AAGCAGGGCAAUGCUGUUCGAUUGGACAUUGUCUGAGUUGGGUGUUCCAGAUAAAGGUAAAAUUUGUGUACAAUGUACAAAUUGUGAGGCAAGCAUCAAAUGUGAAGACUGUUUUGCAUUUUUGUGUCACAUUUGUGACCAAAUGCAACAUUUUCUCAUGCCUUUCCACCACAGAUUAUAUUGGAAAAAUGGCUUUUAUGAGCCAUUAGACCCGACACAAACUGUGUGCCCUGAAGGAAAUAUCUUUCACUGGAAACCUGUUGUACCAGCCCAACCACCAAAUUCUUGCCCCAACUGCACAGAUUGCAAGUUUAAAAUUUCAAGCUCCAGCAAUCUCUGCAUCUUCAUCACUAUAAUGGGAAGGUAUGACCUCUAUACUCCAAUCUAUACAUGCCACUGUGGAUAUGAGCAUCAACAACUAGGCAAGACCAUGCACAAGUCUGGUUUCUAUUCAUCAUUAGGAAAGAGCAGCACAUUCUACAGCACCAGUCUGCUUGAAUCAUGGCACCAUAUCAAAAGAAAUUGUCCCGGAACAUCAUUUCGGGCAUUAGUCACUGCACUGGAAUCCUUUGGUGCUUCUCGUGGGCGUAUUGGACCCAUUAAUUAUAUAACUUCGAAGAGAGUGUUCUUCGAAUGGCGAUUCCAGCAAUAUGAGCUGAGAAAAAUUAGAGGAGAAGCUGACAAUGAGUGUCCUGCUUGUGAUAAAACCCCUUUAGCAGUACAUAUUGAUGGCAACAAGAAGCUGUAUCGUUACAACAAAGUUGGGAGAGGUAUCAGAAACCCCUAUUAUUCUGAUAGUAUCUUCAGCAAAGAUGAAGAUGUUCAAGCUCAUGUUGGCACUAUUCAGAGCUUGAAAACUAAGGUAUUGUAUGGAGGGCGGUGGCAAGAAGGAAGUGGCAUGACUUUAGGGGAAGAGGCAGAGCAAGUGUUUGCAUACCUCUCACGAUACAACUCUACAACUAAAAACAUGCUGAAAGCUGAAAGAACAGAAGAACUCACAGAGGGUGCAGUCUUUUGGAACCAUCGAAAAAUUGAUGGACUGGCUCGUGCAUUAGUUACUCGACUCAGAAAGGCCAGAGAGACGGAAAUAACAGUUUCAAAUGAGAUCGACAAACUUGAUGUUCAAAAGUCAUUGAUUCAAGAAUGGCGAUCUGACCUACAAAUGAUUUGUAAGGAGUUAGAGUUAAACACUGGAACAACCUCGAAGAACAUAAAAUAUUCUAUCGAGGCAGUUGCAGACUCUAUCAGGCAUCGCAAAAAUCUGAUUGCCACUGAUGCAGCAUCCAGUAAAAUGCGCUCUUCACUCCGGCACAGAAAUGAGUGUGAUAGGAAAAAGCUUCAAGGCUUCAUAAAAAUCUACAAUAGUGAAAACUCUGAAAUUCUCAGUGAAAAGGAUGCAAUAGAAGGUAUCCUGCCAUGGCACAAUUUAUUGCCUCAUCAUAGCCAAAAUGUGUCCCUUGCUCAAAAAAAGAAGGCAGUAGAAGAUGUGGAGCUUCAGAAGAGAUCCAGAGAAGAGCAACAACACACUGUUCAAGAAAUGCUGCAUUAUCUCGCAUAUUACAAGAAUAAGAGAGAGAUUUUAACCGAACAUACUGAAGAGUUGUUAUGUGGAAUUUUUCCUUCAUAUCUAAGCAAGGAUCCUAACAAGUACACUAUUGAAGAGAAGCACCUAUCAACCAAAAAUAAGAGUGGAAUCUUGGCUCUUUUGAAGCAAGGGCAAAAGUUGUGUUCUGACAAGCUGAGUGAUGCAAAGCGUUUAUUUGGAUACCAGGAAGAGGAUGUUGAUGUUUCCGAGCCCUACCUGGAGCUUUGUGACAGUGAAGAUGAUGAUGAUGAUGAAGAUGAAGAAUUACUACUAAACUGAUGAUACAAAAGGUGUGAGACAGAGAGGUACAAGAUCAUCCAAGAGGAACAACACCUGAAGCACCCAACAUUUGGGUGUUUUAAUUAAUAAAAACGCCCUUCAUGGCUUCACUCAUC